AUGAUUCAGAAGACACGAGCGCUAUGGGAUUCAUCAAUGAGUAUUCAAUGUCUCAAAAAGAAACUGCGGGCACGAUGUGCAUUGGAUUGCAGCGGUAAAAGGAUAAUCACAACGGAGGAUUUUAUUGCAAUAUGUACCACAAACUUGUAUGCACCUUCUCAUGAACGCAUGACGAAGUGUGAGGCUGCGCAGUACCUAGAGAAGCUCCAACAUGCACGGGAAGUAAUCGUCAUUGGUGGGUACGUCUACAUUAGGCCCUCUGAUGUGGUGAAUGCCGUACAUUUAAAGUUGGAACUUCCUACCCUUUCUCGAGGAAAUCCGAUGAAUUUGCAACAAUGCCCCGUUCAACAAUCCUGUGCUACUUUGAGAGUUGAGCAGAAAGGUGGGGUUCGUCGUCGCGAAUUCUGGGCGAUUGUUUCGUUACUUAGCGGGGCACAAAUGACUGUCUUAGCGUAUCUGACGUUUAUUGUGUACGGUUGGGAUGUCAUGGAGCCUGUCUGUUAUUUUGUGACGACAUUCACGGCCCUCUGUGUCUACGCGUAUUCCCUUGUGUGCCGGAGAAAUUGCACCUUCCAUGCCAUUGAUGAUCAGAUAUUUUCACCAUGUACACCACCGGCGACUCAGUGCUCCCCUGUCGCCAGGGAAAUGUCUGUUGCCGAUCGAACAAUGUGCGCUGGCAAAGAUUGUUUUGACUCCUCUUCAUGGGAUGAUGAUUGCGAGCUUUUGGAGCUGCUUGAAAGCUUUGAUUUCACGACCAUGAAGCGCCAGAAUACCAAAGA